UCAUCUGCACGAUUUACGCACAUAACCAACAGCAGUCGUCUUUCGUCCAUGGUGCUUAGAGAGAAGAGAAUAAAUUUCCCGAUUAUAUAGGGUAAAGAGAGCUUAGCAGAAACGCAGUUGUGGAGUAGGAAUGGCGGAGGAAACGAUUCUCGGGUAUCUGGCGAAGAACCAAGAAAUUGCAGACUCGGGAGAGUUCGCAGCCCAACAUGGACUUAAUCAUGACGACGUCGUCAACGUCAUCAAGAGCCUCCACGGUUUCAGAUACGUUGAUGCUCAGGACAUAAAGAGAGAGACGUGGGUGCUAACUGAUGAGGGGAAGACGUAUGCUGCCUCAGGAUCACCUGAAGUGCAACUGUUCUUGGCAAUACCUCCAGAGGGUAUCCCGUUGGAAGAGUUGCAGAAAAAGCUUGACCCGCUGCUUUUCAAGAUAGGUCGUGCCCAAGCGGCAAAGAAUAAGUGGGUGGAGAUGGGAAAGCAACUAGUAUCCAGAAAGGUCCAGCAUGUGGAUGAUACGGUCAAAGAUUUGCUUCUACAGAUAGAACGUGGAAAGGUUAUUGACCAAGAUGAUAUCAAGGCUCUCAAAGGAAGAAAGCUUAUUGCUACACAGACAUGGAAUGGAUACUCAGUGAGAAAGGGUCCUGAAUAUGCUCCACAAAGAAAGAAAUUUGCUGCUGAUUUGACUCGUGAGAUGCUUCAGAGUGGUGAAUGGAAGAACUUAGAGUUCAAAGAGUAUAACUUCAAUGCAAAAGGUCAGCCUAUUGAAGGUGGUCAUCUUCACCCACUGAACAAGGUUCGACAUCAACUUAGGAUGAUUUUUCUUCAGAUGGGGUUUGAGGAGAUGCCUACAGACAGAUUCGUUGAGAGCAGUUUCUGGAACUUUGAUGCACUGUUCCAGCCUCAACAACACCCUGCCCGUGAUUCACACGAUACAUUCUACAUGAAAGUUCCUGCCAUCACAAAGGAACUACCUGAAGAUUAUGUUGAGCGGGUGAAGCGUGUUCAUGAGUCUGGUGGUUAUGGGUCCAGAGGAUAUGAAUAUGAUUGGAACAGAGACGAAGCAAACAAAAACCUUCUGCGAACACACACAACAGCCAUUUCAACCAGGAUGCUUUACUUGCUCGCCCAGAAACCGUUUACUCCCAAAAGAUACUUCUCUAUUGAUCGUGUUUUCAGAAAUGAAGCGGUAGAUCGAACUCAUCUUGCUGAGUUCCACCAGAUAGAAGGUCUGAUAUGCGAUAGAGGACUUACUCUUGGUGACUUAAUAGGAGUCCUGCACGACUUCUUCUCUCGUCUGGGCAUGUCCAAGCUGCGUUUCAAGCCUGCUUAUAACCCAUAUACAGAACCUAGCAUGGAGAUUUUCAGUUAUCAUGAAGGCUUUGGGAAAUGGGUAGAGGUUGGAAAUUCUGGAAUGUUUAGACCUGAGAUGUUGCUUCCUAUGGGAUUACCAGAAGAUGUUCGUGUUAUUGCCUGGGGCCUUUCCCUUGAAAGACCGACUAUGAUCCUUUAUGGCAUUAAUAACAUCAGGGACCUGUUUGGGCACAAGGUGGAUCUUGGUCUCAUCAAGGCAAACCCCAUAUGUCGACUAGGAGUUGAUUGAGGGAUGGUGCUUUUGUAUUUCUGUUGCAAAAGUUUUCCUUUUAUUUAUAAUCCCUUGCUUUUCUGAAAACAUUGGAUCGAUAUUAUUAGCUAAAGUAACGGGGAAACACUUGUUCUUCAUCCCCUUAUAAUAAUUAUUUGCUUGAUUAGAUUCA